AGAUGGAUGCCACCAACAAGCCCCACCAGAUCCCUCCGGAGAUGGCGCUGUAUGCCGAGAAGCACCGGAUCUUUGAGCUCAUGCAGAGCCUCAUGGAAGCUCUCCUCAUCUACCGCCCUGAGGACCCCGUGGACUUCAUGAUUGGGCACCUGCGGAAGAACAAUGCCGACGUGCCCAGGGUCUUUGUGGUGGGGCCCCCGGCUUCCGGCAAGACCACCAUCUCCCGCUGGAUCUGCAAGCACCUGAGCGCCACCUACGUUUGCCCCCAGGAUCUCGUCCACAACCAGAAGCUCAAGAAGUCCCAGGAGGUGCUCUCCUGCCUGGCCCAGCAGGAGGCGAUCCCGGAUGAGCUGUGGGUCUCCCUCCUGGAGGAGCGCCUGUCUGACGAGGAGUGCAUGAGCCUGGGCUGGGUGGUGGACGGCUUCCCCGAGACGAGGGACCAGGCCCUGCAGCUGCAGGAGAAGGGCAUCGCCCCACGACACGUCAUUGUGCUCCAUGCGCCAGACACCGUCCUGGUGGAAAGGAACCUGGGCAAGCUCCUGGACCCCUUCACGAAGGAAGUCUACCACUCUACUUUCGACUGGCCAGUCGACUUCAUGGUGCAGAGGCGCCUGGUGGUCCCGGAAGGCAUCUCGGAGCAAGUCACCGCCAGUCGGCUUCUGGAGAGUCACCGCAACAUCCCCGGCGUCAUCCAGGCUUACGCAAAGAACCACAAGGCCAUCAAUGCUGACCAGCCCUGCGUGGACGUCUUUGCCCAGGCCCUGAGCUUUGUGCAGAGCCGCCCGGCCUCCAAGGCCCCCUUUCUGCCCCGCGUCCUUCUCCUGGGCCCGCCCGGCAGCGGCAAGCACCUCCAGGCGGCUCUGCUGGCCCAGAAAUAUGGGCUGGUCAACCUCCGCCUGGGGGACCUGCUGCGGGAGAAGGUGGUCGAGCGCACCCCGCUGAGCGAGCUCAUCAAGCCCUUCUUCAACAGCAGCUACCCGGUGAGUGACAACAUCGUCCUGAGUGUGCUGAAGGAGCGGCUGAACCGGCAGGACUGCCUGAGCUGCGGCUGGGUGCUCCAUGGCUUCCCCCGCGACGUCGACCAGGCCUCCCUCAUGAAGCACACCGGCUUCGAGCCCAACCGGGUCUUCUUCCUCAACUUGCCCACGGAGGUGGCCCUGCAGCGCCUCUGCCAGUGGGCCACAGACCCGGUCGCGGGGGAGAGGUACCACAGCAUCUUCAAGCCACCCAUCAACGCCGAGGUGAACCAGCGCCUCCGCCAGAACCCAAAGAACCGGCCCGAGAAGGUGGAGGUGAAGGCAGACUAUUACCACCAGCAAGCGAGGGAGCUGGAGGACUUCUACGAAGACGGCAUCGCCCUCAACGCUGACCAAGACCCCUACACCAUCUUUGAGCACAUCGAGAGCUACCUGGUCAAGCCCUUGCCAGUCACCAGGCGGUGA